AUGAAAUUACGUGCGAGGCCGUGGGCAAUACGCCUAGCGCCGCCACUGAUAAUACACUUUGUAGAAUUAGUUAAUUUUUACAACCGUGCUGAAGAAAAUAAUGAACGCGUUCCUAAACGAUAUAUUAGAGACAUGCAAAAUCCAAUUGAUUUUUAUGACGAUAAAGAAUUUUUUAACAGAUUCAGAUUUUCUAAAACUACAGUAUUACAAAGUUUAAUGCCCCUCGUAUUUAAUGACAUUGAAGCCGAAUUCAAUGACAAUUCAAUGAGAGGCCUUCCAAUUCCACCAUUAUUGAAACUACUUGCAGUGUUACGGUAUUAUAGAACUGGAAAUUUCCAAAUAGUUACUGGUGAUUUGGUUGGUAUUAGCCAACCAACUAUAAGUAGAUGUGUAAAAGAUAUUUCAAGAAUAAUAGCAAGUAAGUUACCGACUUUUGUAAAGUUUCCUGCUACUCUAGAAGGAAAAAUACAUAAUCAAGUGUUAUUUUCUAAUAUUGCUGGUAAUUUCAAAAUAAUUUGUUCAUUAUGCUUUAAAUAA